AUGUCGUCCAGGGCUUGCGAUCGCUGCUGGGCCUUGAAGACACAAUGCGAUUCUCAGAGUCCAUGCGCCCGUUGUCGCCGCUUGCAACUCCCCUGCCUCACUGAGCGCCCCGUGCGAGCAAAGGGACGCCCGAGGAAAUCAGUAUCCUCCCGGCAGGGCAGGGCUACUGUCCGCGAGCCGUCCGUAGAGCCCGAAUCUCAAUCUAGUGGCCGGACGAUCUUAUCAUCUGUGUCCCCCGCGAAUGUCUCGCCAGCGGCAGCAACCAAUUCCCACGAUAUCUCCAGCAUCCUACUGGAUCCGAGUCUCAUUAACAGCCUUCUUCAGUGGAUUUUAUCCUCUUCGAGGAAACUGGGCAUUUUCGGGUUGCUGCCAGAUAGUCUUCACGCCGACACCGAGACCGGCAACGACUUCUCCGUGUGCCAGAUUUUGAAUAGGGAAUUACAAAACGCGCUACUGGCAAUAGCUCUGGAUCUAUAUCGCUAUCGUCUUCCGGAGACUGUCGCAGGUUCUCUGGACGUGAGCCGAGGCCACCUCCAGAGGAGUGCGCUCGCCGAGACCCCGUGUCUGACCUGGAAAAGCCAUCAAUUGCAACUAGGGAAUGCUCUUCUCUUACUUCUCUUCAGCUACACCUGGUGCUUGAGCGCGGAGUUUUCUGAUAUUGCCAUCCGAUGGCAUUCGCUCUCUCACAUCAUACUGGAAGACAUUUCGAAAAUACCCAGCCAAGAUAAUGACUGGAACGAAUUGACUCGACGCACUGAGAUGUCUCUAUAUAUUCAAGACGCCAUAUUGGCGUUGCUGCACAAUCAAAGGAAACCGAGCUGCCAAUUCCAAGUCUUCACCAAAUCCCAGGUUGCUGACAAUAUCUGGCAUGUUUCCUCGUCUUUUAAUUCCGUCCCGGCAGAGCCGUGGACACUUGAGGCGGACAGUUAUUUUGUCCUGAUGCAUCCCCUAGUCAACUGCAUGCGAGCGGUUAUUGAAGCGCCCUUAUUUGGUAGUCGGGCAUGGGCUGUCGUCAGAAACGACCUAUGCGACUACUUUUUUCGGUUUCCCCCAGCAUUGCUGCGGUUCGACGAUUUGACGUAUGUCUACGAAGCCGAGGCGAUGAUCUGGAUGCACGGGCUGUUUAUUAUCCUAUAUGGGACUCGGGACUUGGUUGAUCUGAUUAUGAACCCUGUUUAUCAGAAGGCCGACCGUUUUAGCUACCUACUUGAACACUCCUUCCUCCUCGGAGACGUUCUACCCACCGUCCUCUCUCUGGAUCCGUACUUGGAAAGCCUCUCGCCUGCUACUAUAGUCUUCCUCCUCCAAUCCAGCACGAUUCAUGCAAUAGCUCUUCGUCAAUUCUUUUCUGAUAACGGCAAUCACGCCCUCUUCGAGAACGGUGUGCCUGCAAAGCUCGUCCGAUCAAGCGACCACCAUCACAACCUGUUAUCCGCGGUCGAACUCCAUUGCAAACGGUAUGAUAUACCAAUCAUUGGGGAGAUUCGCAUGUUGCUCUCGACCUGUCUGUCGCGGGCUGCAUUCCGCAACACGGAUGCAAGAAUCAUAUCCACGCAGCAGCUGAUGCACUACCGGUGGUGCGGCACAGGGACUGGAAUUACCCCCCUGCAAAGGGAUGAGGCUGUGAGGGCGUGGCAGUACCCGGUCAGUCCGGGAGACGAGCUCUGGCAGGAGCCAUCAGAGAUUCGGGACGAGCUUCAGCGCCUGAUUGGGGACUUGUGUGCGCCGAAUACGCGCAUCUGCCGCAAUGGGUACUUCGACUUGAGUAUUCUGAUCCGGUGA